AUGGAGGAAACUAAGUACUCUUCGCAGCAGGAGAUAGAAGGAGCAUGUGGUUCAGACGCUUCAUUGAAUGCUAGAGGUAGCAAUGAUUCUCCAAUGGGACUUUCCUUGUACCUCUGCCUGGCUUCGUUAACUCUUGUACUAUUCAUAACUGCACUGGAUAUUUUGAUAGUGGGAACUAUUAUUGACGUGGUCGCAGAACAGUUCGGAAACUACUCCAAAACAGGUUGGCUCGUUACAGGCUACAGUUUACCAAAUGCUAUUCUGAGUCUCAUUUGGGGAAGAUUCGCAUCUAUCAUAGGUUUCCAGCAUAGUCUCAUUUUAGCAAUACUUAUUUUUGAAGCCGGAUCCCUAAUUGCUGCCCUUGCCUCUUCAAUGAAUAUGCUCAUUUUCGGUAGAGUUGUUGCUGGUGUUGGGGGAAGCGGACUCCAAACGCUUUGCUUUGUUAUUGGUUGUACGAUGGUUGGUGAAAGGUCACGUCCAUUGGUGAUUUCCAUCCUAAGUUGUGCAUUUGCUGUAGCUGCUAUCGUUGGUCCUAUAAUCGGAGGUGCCUUUACAACCCAUGUUACCUGGAGGUGGUGCUUCUAUAUCAAUCUUCCUAUCGGUGGUCUUGCCAUUAUUAUGUUUUUACUCACCUAUAAGGCCGAGAAUAAGGGUAUACUUCAACAAAUUAAAGAUGCUAUAGGAACAAUCUCGAGCUUUACUUUUAGUAAGUUCAGACACCAAGUUAAUUUUAAAAGACUUAUGAAUGGCAUAAUCUUCAAGUUUGACUUCUUUGGUUUUGCCCUCUGCUCUGCAGGGCUGGUCCUUUUCCUACUGGGGCUAACCUUUGGUGGUAAUAAAUAUAGUUGGAACUCUGGCCAAGUCAUCACAUAUUUGGUUUUGGGUGUCUUACUUUUUAUUUUUUCAUUGGUGUACGAUUUCUUCCUAUUCGAUAAAUUCAACCCGGAACCUGAUAAUAUAUCCUACAGGCCUCUCCUUCUAAGAAGAUUGGUAGCAAAACCAGCCAUAAUAAUAGUAAACAUGGUAACAUUUCUAUUAUGUACCGGUUACAAUGGGCAAAUGAUAUACUCUGUCCAGUUUUUCCAACUUAUAUUUGCGUCGAGUGCAUGGAAAGCCGGUCUUCACUUGAUACCAAUCGUUAUUACCAACGUUAUUGCGGCCAUUGCAAGUGGUGUGAUUACCAAAAAGCUCGGUUUAGUUAAACCACUCUUAAUAUUUGGAGGCGUUCUUGGGGUAAUUGGAGCAGGGCUUAUGACACUUAUGACAAAUACGUCCACGAAGUCAACUCAAAUUGGUGUUUUGCUAUUACCGGGGUUUUCCCUUGGAUUUGCUCUACAAGCAUCGCUCAUGAGUGCACAGCUUCAAAUUACCAAAGAUCGUCCAGAAGCUGCUAUGGACUUUAUUGAAGUAACAGCUUUCAAUACAUUCAUGAAGUCAUUAGGUACAACUCUUGGUGGUGUGCUUUCAACCACUGUUUUUUCCGCCUCCUUUCACAAUAAAGUAUCACGAGCUCAUCUAGAGCCUUACGAAGGAAAAACGGUUGAUGACAUGAUUUUGUAUCGUCUUCAAAACUACGACGGUUCUCAUUCGACUAUUGGAAACAUUUUAAGCGACUCCAUUAAGAACGUAUUUUGGAUGGAUCUAGGGUUUUAUGCCUUAGGAUUUUUGUUUUGUAGUUUUUCAUCCAAUAAGAAAUUAAUCAUACCAAAAAAGGACGAUACACCAGAAGAUAAUUUAGAAGACAAGUAG